AACAUAUCGAGCAUGUUGGGAAGCAGCAGGACCUCGAUUCGCGUUGUUGCUUUUGGCGAAAGGCUUUGUACGUACAGUACAACAGUGAAGGCGUUUAAAACAUCAGGAAAGCGCAUGAGACCCCCGUUUGACAGCUGAUAUUUAUCUCUCCAAAACCAACAAAAGAGCAUCCCUACCCGGAAAAGUGGCUUGGCUAUGAUGCUCCAUUGAAGAAGCCACAUCAGGUGCUAGCCAGGCAGUCAGAAAGUCAACACUCUGUUUGCAGAUCUGGCCAGAUGGACCAGUCAUCAGAGCUUGAAGUCAAAUCGUCUGCUGACCAGGCUGAGAGCAGCAGUGGUCAGCCAGUGGAUGAUGAGCUCGAUGGACUUCCAGUGUUUGGGGCAGAUGAAGAUGAUUGGGAGAUAGACAGUAGUUUUGCUCAGAAGGCUUUGGAACAGAUGGAAAAGAAUUGCGAUGAUAAAAAUGAUAGUCAAGAUGGAUUGCCAACUAGUGGUGCAGAUGCCGAAGAGAACAGCUCCUCUAUCAAUGAAUCUUUAGAGAUGGAUGAGGAGAGAGCGAAGAUUUCUGAGGACGCCCCCGUGACCCCUUCAUCAGACACUAUUAUAGAUAUCCAAGACGUACAGUCUGAACUUAGGAUUGAGUCAUCAAGAAGUGAUGCUGUUCCAGAACCUGCUUCGGACAACACGGACAGAGAAACAAGUUACUCACCCGUAAUACAAAUCAAAGAUGAGCCUAUUGAUGAAGAAUAUGAUAAGGCAUUAAUGCCAUCUGACAUGAGCCGCAUUAAGCAGGAGCUUGACAGUCCUGAAAAUAAUGAGAAUGAGGCCUCCUCUGCAUCAGAUGAACUGAGGAUUAGCUCUGUUUUCUCUGUUAGUGGUAACAGCAGUGAUGCAGUUUCUGCAUCUAUGGCACCCUCCCAUGCAUCUUCAUUCUCAGUGAUGUCCCAGAACACUGCUUCACUCAGAGGAACCACUAUACUUCUGCCAGCCCAAACACAAACUCAGCUUCAGCUCCGGCUGCAGCCCAGGACCCAGAUCCAUUCUCAAAUCCAGACUCACGCCCGAAUGCAGCAGCAGAUAAUGCCACAAACCCACCUACAGCCCUCUGUCCAACCGCCCCAGGUCCAUGCUCCUCCACCCACAGUGAGGAUCUGCUGCUCAGGCUGUUCUAAAGUCCUCCAGAAGGGUCAAACAGCCUUUCAGCGAAAAGGCUCCAACCAGCUGUUUUGCUCCACCGUGUGUUUAACUAGUUUCAGUUUACCUUCAGUUCAGUUUACCCCCAUUAUUGCCCCUAAGAAGACCUGCAACCUCUGCCUUAAGGUCAUUGUCAAUCUAAAGGACUUGAUAACCAUCCCCGUGGGCCCUAUGAACACACUAAAGGAGUUCUGCAGCCUAGCUUGUCUAAAUAUUUACAAAGACAGAUAUGAAGAUGCACCUCCAGAUGUAUACACACAAUGCGGCGUGUGUAAGUUGGUCAAAGAGAUUCAGCAUGAAGUGACUCAUCUGGGUGCCGUGCACAAGCUGUGUAGCGAUGAAUGCUUCGCACGCUUCAGAUCCUCCAGAAACCUCUACAUGAGCUACUGUGAAAACUGUGGCAACUGUACAGCCUCAGGAAACUAUCACCUGGUUCAGAUAGAAGAUAGUAUUAAAAAGUUCUGCUGCACAGAAUGCAUCGCCAAUUACAAACAGAAAAGUGGCAAGAGGCUUCACUGUCCCUACUGCCAAGAUAUCAAAAAUAUUGAACAAAUGAUGGAAGGGACAAACAUACAGGGUGUCACAGAAUUCUUCUGCUCUCAAAGAUGUGUGGCCCUGAGUCAAGCAUCUCCCAGUCUGACAGGCACCUCCUUCCCAUGCACAACUUGCAAGAAGCUAGCUGUUCCUCAGUAUCACCUUGCCAUUUCUGAUGGGUCCAUCAGGAACUUCUGCUCAUUAGAUUGUGUGGGCAAAUUCCAGGAGAAAUUGAAUGCAUCUGUACCUCAUAACCAGAUGAACGGAAACUCACAUGGACUUCAGCCUGCACCACCUCGACCCACCACUGAACAUCUCCAGCUCACUCAAACUUCAUCCAAUGUUCCUGCCCCAAACCACAACCCUCCUCCACCUUUUGUUCCGCCAUCCAAUCAAAAUCCUGUUUCGACUUACGUGCCAGCUCCUGCUGUGGUAAACUCACAGGACGCCCAGCAGCAAUGGCCAAACAGGCCUCCCUCGUCCUCUGACACAGUACGGCUGACGUGCAAGCAGUGCCAGAAUCAGUUCAGUUCAAAGCCUGAGGUUUUCCAGUUCAAGGGUCAUGCAGGAUUGUUCUGUUCUCGAACAUGUUGUGACACAUAUAAGAGGGAAAGCAAUGUGAAAGCUUUGUGCGAAUACUGCAAAAUAGAGAAAGUGGUCAAAGACAUCAUCACAUACGAAAAGCAACCGAGACCUUUCUGCUGUGAAGGCUGUAAAUUGCUUUUUAAACAUGACCUUGCCAAACGACAUGGAGGUCAAUGCAGGGUUUGUGCCUACUGUCAAAACAUGACCCACAAAACCAUUCAGAACUUCUUUGGGGGCAAACUUGAGGAGUUUUGCACAGAAGAGUGCAUGUCUCUCUACACAGUGCUCUUCUACGAGAUGGCCAAGUGUCAUGGCUGUAAGAAUCAGGGCUCAUUAAAGGAAAGCAUUGUGUGGGAUGUUGCAACGAGACACUUCUGUAACCUGUCCUGUUUGCUGCAAUUCUGUUCAAAGUGCAUUACCCCUCAUCAGCCAGCAAGCAACGGCACUGUGUCUAACACCACUACAGUCCAAGCUCCAUUAUCUCUGUCAAAAGACAUGCCUGUAAUUGGUGGUGUGGUGUCGCUGGCCUCCACGUUACCUGGAAAUACUGCUCUCACAGGAGCUCUACCUACCUCAAAUGCCAGCUCAAAAAACAUUGGUGAAGCCAGCACACAAACUGAUGCUGCAGUGGCUGGCGUUCCUUAUCGAAGAAUGUUGAAGAACAAAGCUCUCAUGUGCAGACCUAUUACUGAAGAGCAAGGAGUCCAGUGUCAGCCAGAGCCUCCAGUACCUCCCAAUUUGUUUGAAACAGUGAUCGAUGAAAAUGGAGAGACGGUGAAGUUUGUGCCUGUGCCGGUGCCCAUUCCAGUGCCAGUCUACAUCCCAGUGCCAAUGCAUCUAUACACCCAGUACACACCAUUUCCACUAGGCCUACAUCUACCGGUGCCUGUUCCCAUGGUCAUCCCUGGAUCUCAAGAAGCUGCUGAACAGAAAGACUCUAAAUGUAGCCUGCCCGCUCAGAGCUCAGUAGAAGACGACGAAGUGGAGAAGGGAAAAGACAAGCCUGCAUCACACGACCAGGGCAGCACUUACAGCGGUGAUCUGGAGUCAGAGGCCAGAUCGACACCCUUCAGCUGGGCAGAUGCAGAGGAACCGGGAACCAACGUGAAGCCACUGGUGCCAACGACGGAGGUAGAGGAGACUGUGGCUGCCGCGACCACUUCCUUGCCAUCAGAGCAGCCAGAUCUGGAAAGCGAUUUCCCUCGCUCAACAGCUGACCCUGGAUCAGCUAAAGAGAACAGACUGGUACUGACUCUGAAGAGACGCAAGAAGGGCAGAGACGGCCACCCUCCCAGAAAAAGGGGUCGUAAGCGAUCUGGCACCGAUACGUCGGGUGGCGUUUGGCUCAGUACCUCCAGCUCGAAGCUUAACCAAAUGUACGGAGUCGAAGCCUGGGCUAGCUGGGUGAGAAUGAAAACAGGACAGAGCGAACAGGAGCAGCAGUCCAGAGGCUCCAUGACAAUGAAGGGGGAUGUGUUGCAGUGCACUUCUGCGGAUCUCAGUUACGGUCUGUGCCGUUUCAUCAAGGAGGUCCGAAGGCCGAACGGCGAGCCUUACGAUCCCGAUAGCAUCUACUACCUGUGCCUGGGCAUUCAGCAGUGCCUGCUUGAAAAUGAGCGUCUUGAAAACAUCUUCACGGAUUCACUCUACAAUCAGUUCAUCGCUGACAUCACCACACUGCUGAAGGAAUGGGGAAAUGCAUUGCCUCCUGGAGGAUAUAUACACUCGCGGGUUGAGGAGGAAUACCUUUGGGAAUGCAAGCAGCUGGGUGCUCUGUCUCCUAGUGUUCUGCUCAACACGCUGCUUUUUUUUGGAGCCAAGUUGCUCAACCUCAAAACGAUUGAAGAGCAUCGGCGCCUUGCGUUCUCCAAUGUUUCCCACUGCUCAAAGACCACAAAAAAUGGCGUGACCGCUUAUCUUCGCUUCAGACUACCUAGCAAGGAAGAAGAUAAAGACAAGAAAGCACCAGCUGGUAAAAGGAGGAGAGAGGAAGAAACGGUGGAAGAGGAGAUUUUGGAGAUGCCUGAGAAUGUGGAGAACCCUUUACGCUGUCCUGUCAGACUCUACGAGUUUUAUCUCUCGAAAUGCUCAAACUCUGUGAAGCAGCGUCCGGAUCUUUUCUACCUGCAGCCAGAGGCCUCCUGCCACCCCAGCAGUCCCGUGUGGUACUCAGCCCAGCCACUGGAUAGCACCAUGAUGGAGAGCAUGCUCAUGCGUAUCCUAGCUAUACGGGACAUUCACCUAGACUCUAAGCAUCAGCAAAAGUACCUAGACUCAUCAGAUGAGGAAAGCUCUUAAUGAAAACCUACAAACUUUGAGACCUUUCUUUAAAAAGAGCUCUAAAAAGUCAACAUGAGACAUUUAAUGAUCAUAUUACUUUUAUUCAGGCGGGAAUGGAAUACAAACAGAAAUGGACGAAACUGAAAUUGUGCACAAGCUCAACAGACAUUCCUUAAGUCAUUUAUUCUAUCAUGAAUGUUACAGAAAAUGAAAUUUGGAUGGAAUUGUUUGGUUUUUAGUCACAGUAGAUAUUGUUUCUCAGUUUUUAGAAUUACUUAGUGAAAGCUUUUUACGUUGAAACAUUCAUCAUGUCAUUGUUGGUAACCUUUGAAAAUAUAUAUGAAUUCUCAGAAAA